GGAAUUGUGCACGAGGUUCGACUGUCUGCUCAGCUCAUGCUGAACCAACUACUUCAACAACUGCGUAGUAAUACACAGCUGCCGGUUUGCCUGCGCGUGAUCGGAUACUUGCGCAGAAUGGAUGUUUUCACCGAAGCCGAGCUGCGCGUCAAGUUCCUGCAAGCCCGUGGAAGUUGGCUGCGAUCCAUUCUCGCCGCCAUCCCGGAUGAAGACCCGUACUUCCACAUUACCAAAACCAUCGAAACCUGCCGCGUACAUCUCUUCGACAUCAUCACCCAGUAUCGCGCCAUAUUCUCCGACGAGGAUCCGUUGCUGCCGCCCGGUGAUCAGGCGUUGAACGAGAGCGCCAUCUUUCACGGCUGGGUGGUGCAGCAGGCGGCGCAGUUCUUGGAGACCCUCGAUCGGGACCUCCAGCGUGGGGUGGGAAGCCGUUUGGACUCUCUGCUCGGCCAGUGCAUGUACUUCGGGCUUUCCUUUAGCCGGGUCGGGGCGGAUUUCCGUGGCCAACUCGCUCCCAUAUUUCAGCAGGUUGCCAUGGAGACGUUCCGGAAGGCUAUUCAGGAAGCAGUGGACAAGUUCCAAGAGGAAAUGAACUUGUACACACUAAUUUCUCUGCCGUCGAUACUUGGAAGCACCAUUCCUCCGGCGGUCCCGAGCACCCAGCCGGGCACACUGCAGCCCCCCAUGGCCCUGCUGGAUUUCCCACCUCUAGCCUGCUUCCUCAAUAACGUCCUGACAGCCUUCAAUGACUUACGACUGUGCUGCCCUAUU